GGAGCGGCGGGGGGCGUGGCCGGCGGCCGGUCCGUCAGCUGCGCCGGGCCCUGACAACAAAGGGCUCCGCGGAGGCGGCCGGGCGCGGGGCUGGACUGGCCGUGGUCUGGGUUUCACGUAAACUGUUUACAAGUCAUGCUUUUCCUGUACCUAAGCUGAUAAAGCAUCUAUGCACUUUAGUCCCAAGUCUGUGCCACUCUGCUAGUAGUGUGAGCUGUGCCUUGAACCUUGGAUAUAAAGACUUACCAGCCAAAGUCUUGUUCCUGCCUUAGUAAUGUUCCAGAGGUUAAAUAACAUGCUCAUGGGAGAGAUUGAUAGCUUGUCCAGCCAAAAGCCAGAGUUCAGUGAGAAAGAAGAUGACGAAUGGAUUCUGGUUGACUUUAUAGCAGACGCUUGCACUAAUUGCUCUGUGGAGGAAGCAGACCUUGUUGAACCAUCAGCCACGGACAGCUCGCCUGUCUUCUCUUGUUUAUCAUCGCCCUUGGAACACUUGCCAGAGGCCAGCGAGUCUUGCUUCAUCCAGUUUGAGUCAUGUCCUAUGGAGGAGAGCUGGUUUAUUACCCCUCCCCCAUGUUUUACUGCAGGUGGAUUAACCACUAUCAAAGUGGAGACCAGUCCGAUGGAGAACCUCUUAAUAGAGCAUCCCAGCAUGUCUGUGUAUGCUGUCCACAACACCUGCCACAGCCUUAAUGAGACUGCAUGUGGGGAUGAGGAGUUUCACAGCCCAAGUAGUCCCAGACUGGAGGCCCGAAAUGAAACAGGACAGCGUGUUCACUGCUACGUCACGGCUCUUGCUACUAGUUCAACUUUUCUGGAAAAAAACAAGAGCUUUCGUCCUACCCACUGGAUAAAAGAACAUAAUGAAAGACACUAUCUCAACAGAAACAGUCUCCGUCGCCUGAACCUGACCCGGGAUUGCCACUCUCGGCAAAUCAAGCACAACGGACUGUUUGUUCACCAGCCUUGCCAGCGUCAGUUCAAUUACUGAUGGUUCUUGUGGUUUUAAUCUAUGGGCUAAUUGUUCCUUAGGUUACUCUUGUGUAGGUAAGUGUGGUCAAUCUGAAGCUGAUCGUCAAUCCCUCAAACACAAUCGUAACUAGUGUUGCAUUCUUUUCAAAAGUUAUAUAAAUCUUCAAACAUCUUGCAUCAAGUUCUAAAUGUUGAUGUUAAAUAUCAGUGUCUUGGAAGCCUAUCAGUACUAUAGUUUGUGUGCUGUUUUAUAAACUAUGAUGUAUAGAUGGGUUCUUAGUUGGUAUUUUAAGGAAACUUAACUGAAAUGGAAAUCAGUUACAUUUUGCAUUAAUCAAAAUGGAGUUAGAAAUUGAGGUUAGCCACGUGCUUUAAUGACCAGUACUUGACAGCUUGUAUAUCUGUCUGUAUUCAGCAUAUAUGAUUAUUUUCCAAUAAGGAAAUACUAUAGCUGCCAGUGGAUAUUACAUAGCUGCAUUGAGCUGUUUCAAGAAGGACAUCUCAUCUAAAUUCCUAGAACUUACUUGUGUUAGUGGGGUCUGUGUAGGUGAGCUGGGUACUUGAUAUGGAUAUUGAAAGAGGGUUAAAUGUCCCACCAAUAUUAUUACAGUACAACAUGGUAUUGGUGUUACAGAUAUAGUACCUUACAGUGGAGUGGGAAGAAAAGUGAACCUUUGGGUGUAACAUGCAGAUGCACAACACAGAGAACUGAACUGGGUUUUACUAGGUAAAGUUUUAGUUUCUCUAUUUCUGUCUUUGAAGCAUGUAUUUCCCCUACCCUAUCUUAUUUAAUCUCUAGUCUAGUUAAAGGAAAAA